ACUGUCCAGAAGGAGAUGACCCCUAGUAAGAAGAGCCCUGUCCUUGUGGAUGGGGUUGUACUUAAUGGACCUCAAACUGAUGUGAAAGCAGGAGAAAAAUUUGUUGAAGAAGCCUGUAGGCUAGUAAUGGAAGAGGUGGUUUUGAAAGCUACGGAUGUCAAUGAAAAGGUGUGUGAAUGGCAGCCCCCUGAGCAGCUGAGGCAACUCCUUGAUCUGGAGAUGAGGGACACAGGAGAGCCACAGGACAAGCUGCUGAAACUCUGCCAAGAUGUCAUCCACUUCAGCGUCAAAACCAACCAUCCAAGAUUUUUCAACCAGUUGUAUGCUGGCCUUGAUUACUACUCCUUGGCAGCCCGGAUUAUAACAGAAGCACUUAAUCCAAGCAUUUAUACGUAUGAGGUGUCCCCAGUGUUUCUGUUAGUGGAAGAGGCGGUUCUGAAGAAAAUGAUUGAAUUUGUUGGCUGGAAAGAAGGGGAUGGAAUAUUUAACCCAGGUGGCUCAGUGUCCAAUAUGUGUGCAAUGAAUUUAGCUAGAUACAGAUAUUACCCUGAUGUUAAGGAGAAGGGCCUGUCUGGUUUGCCACGAUUAAUCCUUUUCACAUCGGCAGAGUGUCAUUACUCCAUGAAGAAAGCGGCCUCCUUCCUUGGGAUUGGUACCCAGAACGUGUACUUUGUGGAAACAGAUGGAAGAGGUAAAAUGAUACCCGAGGAGCUGGAGAAACAAGUCUGGCAAGCAAGAAAAGAGGGGGCUGUGCCAUUUCUUGUCUGUGCCACAUCUGGCACCACUGUGCUGGGUGCCUUCGACCCCCUGGAUGAGAUUGCUGAGGUCUGUGAGAGGCAUGCCCUCUGGCUCCACGUGGAUGCCUCCUGGGGUGGCUCAGCUUUGUUGUCAAGAAAGCACCGCCAACUCCUUCAUGGAAUCCACAGGGCUGACUCUGUGGCCUGGAAUCCGCACAAGAUGCUGAUGGCUGGAAUCCAGUGCUCUGCUCUACUCAUCAAGGACAAAUCUGAUCUUCUUAAGAAGUGCUACUCUGCCAAAGCGACCUACCUGUUCCAGCAGGAUAAAUUCUAUGAUGUCAGCUACGACACAGGAGACAAAUCCAUCCAGUGUAGCAGGAGACCUGAUGCAUUCAAAUUCUGGAUGACCUGGAAGGCUCUGGGCACAUUAGGACUGGAGGAGAGAGUUAAUCGUGCCUUUGCUCUAUCUAGGUACCUGGUAGAUGAAAUAAAGAAAAGAGAAGGAUUCAAGUUACUAAUGGAACCUGAAUACACCAAUGUUUGCUUUUGGUACAUUCCACCGAGUCUCAGAGAGAUGGAAGAGGGACCAGAGUUCUGGAAAAAGCUUAGCUUGGUGGCUCCAGCCAUUAAGGAGAAAAUGAUGAAGAAGGGCAGUCUCAUGCUGGGCUACCAGCCCCACCGAGGGAAGGUCAACUUCUUCCGCCAAGUGGUCAUCAGCCCUCAAGUGAGCCGGGAAGACAUGGACUUCCUGCUAGAUGAGAUAGACAGCUUGGGGAGGGAUAUGUAG